CGACUCUCGGGAAGAUGCUUGGAAGGGUUGUAAAGGAAGCAUCCAAAUGGCCGUGUGUGAAAUUCAAGUUCACCAUGCAGAUAGUACUCGGAUGGAUCUGAUUAUUCCUGGAGAACAGUACUUCUACCUGAAAGCCAGAAGUGCAGCUGAGAGGCAAAAGUGGCUGAUUGCACUUGGAACUGCCAAGGCCUGCCUGACAGACAGUAGGACGCAGAGAGAAAAAGAGCUCACUGAAAACACCGAAGCCUUGAAAAUCAAAAUGUCAGAGCUUAGAUUGUACUGUGACCUCCUUGUUCAGCAAGUGGAUAAAACUAAGGAAGCUAGCAUUUGUGGUGUAUCAGAAUCAGAGAAUGGAAUUGAUAUGGGAGCUCUGUUGAAAUCAACAUGUAACACUUUCCUGAAGACUCUUGAAGAAUGUAUGCAGAUUGCAAAUGUGGCCUUCUCUUCUGAAUUAUUACAUCACACCCCAUUGGGAUCUCCCCACUUGGCUGUUCUCAAAUCAAACAAGGUAACCCCUCCCGUCUCCUCCAGUAGCACUACAACAGAAAGGCAGAUGGAAUUGAACAGUUGUGAAAAUGGCUCCAUAAAGGCAGAAACUAAUCAUUGUGAGCAAACAUUGUUUAACACUCUGAUACCCUCACAUCUGAAAUCUAAUGAGGGAGACUGUGACGUUUCAGCUGAAAACCAUGUUGAAAAGAAGUUGACAGGUGAUGAAGUUAAAGACGAUGGAGGAAGCAAGAUGCUGCCCAUAGAGGGCAACAGUGCUAACGAAUCGCUGCAGUUGGCAAUGGAUUCCAUAAGUGGACCAGCUCCAUCACAUUGGGGAGAAGGAAAAGAAGAGGAUUUCCCUACCUUCUUCAGUGUCAUGAACAAUAGGUUUAGUGACAUUGAACUCCAGGAGGGUGACGGCAUACCCACAGAGGAAUUUCUGCAAUCGUGUUACGCGAUAGUGCCAGUUUUGGACAAACUUGGACCAACAGUCUUUGCUCCUGUUAAAAUGGAUUUUGUAGGUAAUAUCAAGAAAAUAAAUCAGAAAUAUAUAACCAACAGAGAAGAGUUCAACACUCUCCAGAAGAUAGUGCUCCAUGAAGUGAGUGCUGAGGUAGCACACGUUAGAAACUCUGCAACAGAGGCCCUUUUGUGGCUAAAAAGAGGCUUAAAGUUUUUGAAGGGAUUUUUGACAGAAGUUAAGAAUGGAGAAAAGAAUAUUCAAACAGCUCUGAACAACGCUUAUGGCAAGACAUUACGGCAGCAUCAUGGCUGGGUUGUGCGAGGGGUUUUUGCGUUAGCUUUAAGGGCAGCACCAACAUAUGAAGACUUUGUGGCGGCACUGUCUGUGAAGAAGUGUGAUGAUCAGGAAGAAGCUUUUUAUGAUGCAAUGCAGAGAGACCUCAACAUUUACUUGCCAGCCAUGGAAAACCAGCUGAAUAUCUUGGACACUCUCUAUGAAGUACAUGGUUUGGAGUCGGAUGAGGUGGUAUAAUCACCGUGACACAGUA